GAUCAGAGCAAGCACGAUUCCUCUUUACAAAUAUCAGAAGAUAAAAAUGAAAAAGAAGGAGACAAACUGAUCAGAACAAUCCUCACUUCUCUCUCUCUCUCAUAUCUCUGAUGAAGGUUCCAAUUAAGCCCCAGCAGGAGUAGGUGGUGAGACUAUAAGAAGUGAUGUUCUGCUGGGCUAAGGAGAGGAUAUAUCCAGUGCCAGAAAAACAAACAGCAGAAAAGCGUUUCUCCUUCUCUUUUGUUUGGCUAUACCUAUAGCUUCGUAGCUGCUAUAAUAUCUAGCUAGCUUUCUCUCUGUCUCUUUAUCCCUCCCUUUGGUCGUCAUCAUCACCAUGGCUUCAUCAAACAGACACUGGCCAAGCAUGUUCAAGUCCAAGCCUGCUAAUUGCAGCACCCACCACCAAUGGCAGCAUGACAUCAACCCUUCUCUUGUCUCAAACGGCUGCCACCGACCCUCCUCCUACUCCUCAGUUGGAGGGUGUGAAGAACGCAGUCCGGAGCCAAAACCUAGAUGGAACCCGAAACCGGAGCAAAUUCGCAUCCUCGAAGCAAUCUUCAACUCCGGGAUGGUGAAUCCUCCGAGGGAUGAGAUCAGGAAGAUUAGGGUUCAGCUGCAAGAGUACGGUCAAGUCGGAGACGCCAAUGUGUUCUAUUGGUUCCAGAACCGAAAGUCAAGAAGCAAGCACAAGCUCCGCAACCUCCACAACUCAUCCAGGCAACAACAAACCCACCAUCACCACACCCAGCUUCCUAUCUCCACCCCCGUCUCUGCCGCCACCACUCUCAACAUCAUCAAUGCCGCCGCCCCUUCGUCCUCGUCCUCAUCCUCCUCCGAAAAGUCAUCCCCCAAAGCACCAAACAACAAGGCCUUCUCCAUGGGGUUCUCCACUCAUGAGGCUUCAGUCAACUCUCCAACUGCUUCUGUGAACCAAAGCACUAACCUUUUCCAGCCUCACCAUCCUCUCCACAACGAGGUCUUGCUCGAAUCUCCGUUCUUUUUUCCAGUGCAUCAGGCCAACAUUAAUCGUAAUUUGACACAAGGGUUCUGCUUCUCUGAGCUGGCUAAUGUGGUUAAUGUUCCACGUCAUGAGCAAACCAAUAAUAAUAAUAACAACAUUGGGCCUUGCACUAAUAUCCUGCUGAGUGAGAUCAUGAACCAUGGAGCAAUAUCAAGGAAAGAAUAUCACCACCAUCAGGAAGAUCAGAUCAAGGCCAUGGAGAAUGUGGAUCAUCAGCAACACCUCAAUUACAAUAUCGAUACCACAACUCCAACUACUGCUGCAGCUUCUACUACUCCUACUGUCGCUGUUCCAUCCCCCGUAAUCCACAAUGGUCGAGGCGGUGUUGGUGAAGCGGGUGCAAUGGCUCCGGGAGGUGUGGCGAAAUCAACGGUGUUCAUAAACGACGUCGCAUUCGAGGUGGGUGUGGGUCCCUUCAACGUGCGUGAGGCUUUCGGGGAUGACGCCGUUCUCAUUCACUCCUCUGGUCAGCCCGUUCUCACCAAUGAGUGGGGUCUCACCCUCCACUCUCUCCACCACGGUGGUUUCUAUUAUCUGAUAUAGAAGAGGUGGAAGCUAGCUAGAGGAGACGGGCUUUGGUUUCUGUGUGCCUUUUCUCUAUUUAUGUCUUCUUUAAUUUGUGCUAGAGUUUGCAAUAUUAUAAGCCAGGGCUUCAUCAAUUUAGGGUUAUUUCAGAGUUUGUGGACCUAUUUAUGUACUAUUAAUUUACUUGUUUCUGGUUAUAUAAAGGAUGAUAAUAUAUAUUUA